AUGUCCCGCCUCCUAACCCGUCUCCCCCGGACUGUACCCCCCACCGCCGCUCCUCUCCGUAUCUCUACCUCUACUAUCACUAGGAGCACUAGAAGCAACAAGAGGGGAAUAGUCACAGACCUCGAAACAGGCGGUACUCGCAAGGCCAAAACUGCCGGCAAAGGCUUUAUCUCUGUUGGCCAACAGUCUUCAUUUGGCAUGCAAUCUGGUAUGCCUACGGUUGAUAAGGGGGAUGAGCCGUUGCCUGAGUUGUUUGAUACUUCGACCGGUCACACAAUCCUCCCCAGCAUCAAACAAACCGUUCAACAAACCAUCGAACACCCUGAAGAAUGGGAAGGUAUCCACGCCGAACGUAUCACCUCCCGCGGUGCUAAGAGUCAGAGUGCCAAAGCGGUAGCCCACCCCGAAGAGUGGGAAGGUAUCAGAGCUCAAGCCGACGCUAGCGAUGGUUGGGAAGCUGGUAGAGCUGGGAGAGAUGUGACGGAGGUGUGGGGGAGUGAGAUGGCUGCUGAGGGGCUGAGUGGUCAGGAGGCGGUUAGUAGUAGGAUGAUGGGGCGGGAUAUUGGAGGUACUAGUGAGUUUCCUGGUGUUUUUGGCGAAGCAAAGAGCAAUUCGCAGUCGAAGGGAAGCAUCAACACCGACACCAGCGGGGGUAGAAGUGGAAACAGAAGUGGUGUGAAGGAAGCAGGAAAAAGUGGAAAGGAAGCAAGCGCCGAAAGUAACAGCCCCAAUUACGCCUCUCCGAUGGACGCUCACCACUCUCAGGACUUGGGACGUGCCACGAUCCCAAUGGAUAGCUCGGCAGGACUGGGUCAACAACCCAUCGCCACUGCUGGAGGGUUUUCUACCGCAGAUAUUCGCGAGGGAUCAUUGCCUAAUCUCUCGGUGGGCGCGGCGAGUAUUCCGAGCUUCACGCUGGAAACACAACCCCGUCCUGCGCCGACAGCCGUCAGCCCUUUCUCUACCACAUCAACUUCUUCGACCUCCUUCAACACCUCCACUUUCACCGGUUCAUCAUCCAAAUCGACGCCUUCAACGUCAUCUACCUCGCACUCUACUUCUCCUGAUAUCACGUCGUCAACGGGCCUGUCGGGAAGAAGAACGGGACCUGGAGCUGGUGGACCGUUUGCGGAGCAGCAGAAGCCGAAACGCAAGACGCAGGCGCAGAUGGAUGAGGAACUGAGGAUGAGAAUGGAGGAUAUGGCGGGCGAAGGAGGAGCGGCGGGGGUGGAGUAUGAGGAUGGAAAACCGGUGGCUAUGAAGAGGGGGGUUAAGGAGAAUAUGUUUAGGUAUAUUUAG